AUGGCGGCGGCGGCGCCGAGGGACCCGGCGCAGGGGCAGGUGAACUUUGAGGAUGUGUUCCUGUACUUCUCCCAGGCAGAGUGGGAACUCCUUGAUGAGGCUCAGAGGCACCUGUACCGCGAUGUGAUGCUGGAGAACUUUGCUCUUAUGGCCUCCCUGGGACACGCAUCAUCCAUGUUUCAUAGAGUUGCUUCACUGGAGCUGGGCAGUGAGUCCUGGGGACCUGACUGGGUGGACAUAAUUCCAGCCAUUGCCAGAGAGAUUCUAGGCUGUUGGCAUGGAGUACGGGAUGAGGAGGCACCUAAGCAGAGCAUUUUUACAGAGGAAGUAUCGCAGACCAGGACUCCCAAGGGAGGCUUUUCUACUCAGGAGUCCCACCUCUGUGAGAUGUGUGGUCAACUCUUGAAAGAUAUUUCACACGUGGCCAAGCACCAGGACACACACCCUGGGCAGAAACCAUACAUGUGCAUGGCAUGUGGGAAACAGUUCUGGUUCACGGCAAACCUUCACCAGCACCACAAGCAGCCCAGUGAAGAGAAACCCACUGGAAGGGACAAGGGCAGUACCUUUCUUGUGAACCACUGUCCUGUCCAACCCUCAGAGAUGCUUUCUAUGACAAGGAAGAGUUGUAAAGACUCCCCAAGCAGCUCAAGCAUUUUCCCACACCAUUACCCUCACAGUGAGUGGGAUCCACAUGGUAAUACCAGGUAUGAGGAGACCAUUCCUGCUGGACAGAGGCAUUACACAUGCAGUGAAUGUGGGAAAGCCUUCAGCCGCAAAGACUCACUUGUUCAGCACCAGAGAGUCCACACUGGAGAAAGACCUUAUGCAUGUGGUGAAUGUGGGAAAACCUUCAGCCGCAAACCCAUACUUGCUCAGCAUCAGAGAAUUCACACUGGAGAAAUGCCUUAUGAAUGUGGCAUAUGUGGAAAGGUUUUCAAUCAUAGCUCUAACCUUAUUGUCCACCAGAGAGUCCACACUGGAGCGAGGCCUUACAAAUGCAGUGAAUGUGGGAAAGCCUAUAGCCACAAAUCCACACUUGUUCAGCAUGAGAGCGUACACACUGGAGAAAGGCCUUAUGAAUGCAGUGAAUGUGGAAAAUACUUUGGUCACAAGUAUAGGCUCAUUAAACAUUGGAGUGUUCACACUGGAGCAAGGCCUUAUGAAUGCAUUGCAUGUGGAAAGUUUUUCAGCCAAAGCUCCGAUCUUAUUGCUCACCAAAGGGUUCACAAUGGUGAAAAGCCAUACGUGUGCAAUGAAUGUGGAAAAGCCUUUAGUCACAAACAUGUACUUGUUCAGCACCAUAGGAUUCACACUGGGGAAAGGCCAUAUAAGUGCAGUGAGUGUGGGAAGGCCUUCAGGCAAAGGGCUUCUCUCAUCCGCCACUGGAAAGUCCACACUGGAGCAAGGCCUUAGUUGGCAGCUGCAGCCAUGUCCUGUUCAGCAUGACUGGUACUUGAGAACAGAUUAGGAAGCAGCCCUUGUGCAGAGCCCUCAGCCAGAGGUUGAGCCUCAGACAUCCAUCCUGGGGAAAUCCUGAAUGCCAGCUGUGCUGGAAGCUUUCUGGGGCUUUGUUGCAUUUUCUGACCUGCCAGAACCCUUGCCAGAAUUGUAUCUCUGGCAUUGCCUCUGAGAGGAGGCACUGUUUUGGCACUUAGAGCCUUGUGUUGUGCACUCCAGUGUGUGUGAAAGCCACACCUCUGUGUCCCUCCAUGGGAUCAUGAGUAGCCCAAGGCUGUGGAGCACUCUCUCUCUCUCCUGCCCCUCCCCUGACUCGAUUAAGCCUGGAUUGGGUCAGGUUUGGGCCAGUAGGAUUCUGCUGAUUGCCAGCACAGCUUUCCCUUCUACAUGGACAUGGUUGGUCUCAGGUGGCAUCUGUGAUGGAUUGGUCUAGCUUCUCAGACACUUAAACUGAAAUUGCCUGCCUCAUAUUGUUCUGGCUUGGCAACAGAUGUCUUAAUUUCUACAUCAUAUUUAAUCUUGGGGAUUCACUUGUGGAUUGGUCUGGGAGCAGAAUUAGAUUCCACUGGCAUGAAGGGAUGAAGACGUUUUGUGAGAGCCCUAGCUGUUGGUGUCUCGGAUGCUAGGAGGAUGGCAAAGAAUAGCCCUCAUCUAGUGUUGGCCUCACAUGUAUUGCUGCUUGCACUCUCCUAGGAAAGAAUACUGAUCUUUGCAGAUCCGAUCUUGGGAUCUAUAUGCCAAGAGUAUUUAUGUGACCAAAGUUACCCUAAGCAGUGGGAAUUUUGACAAUCUCUGUUGUGUCUGGGAGCAUCUUGAAUUGGGUCCCUGUUCUCAAAGGACAUUUCAUGUUUCUCAGCCCUUUUGCAGAGAACUUGACCCUUUGGACCUGAAAUAGGUUAUUUGGUAAACAGAUACCUCUGGUGUUUCGUGGAUGGAAAAGGUGUGAUCACAGUUGGUACAGGGAGUUAGGAGAGGGCAGCCGACUACAGGGAUGGAAACUAUCCAUAGUAGCAGGUGUGGUGCCAUACCUGUAGUCCCAGCUAUCCAGAAGGCUGAGGCAGGAGGAUCACUUGAACUCAGAUUUCAAGAUAAGCCUGGGUUGCAUGAUGGGAUCCCCAUCUCAAAAAUAAAUUGAUAGAUAGAUAGAUAAAUAAAAGUAUCUCCACAAAUGUUUCUAUCGUUUUGGCUUUAUGAGGGUUUGCGGAAAUUCUCAAGACUCCCACACCUUUGUCUCUUGUGGCUAAGGUCACUCUCAGAGAUAUCAUUCUAAAUAUUUUCUGCGACA